CGCAUUUUCGUAGCCCCGGGCACGUAAUUAGUUUUUUUAUAGUUAGCUUACGUUUCUUCUUGUGUUAAGCAGUUGUCUUGCUUUGCCUGUUUUUUUUUUGUGUUUGGACGUAAAAUUAAUUGAACAAGAUGGGAGAAGCGAAAGGAAGUGUUUGGAAAGAUUUCAUUGCUGGAGGAUUUGGGGGAAUAUGUGCUGUUGUCAGUGGGCAUCCACUAGAUACUAUAAAGGUUCGUCUUCAAACCAUGCCAGCACCAGCUCCUGGCCAAGCACCAAUGUUUAAAGGCACUUGGGAUUGUGCUGUAAAAACUGUCCGGCUUGAGGGAUUCCGUGGUCUCUAUAAGGGCAUGGCAGCUCCAAUUGUUGGCGUGUCUCCCAUAUUUGCUCUCUCUUUCUUUGGAUUUGGGGUCGGAAAAGAAGUUAUUACUUCUAUAAAAUCAGACAAAAACUCGAAGCUUUCGUUAUUGGAACUGUUUGGUGCCGGUGGAUUUUCCGGUAUCCUCACCACAGUGAUUAUGGCUCCAGGUGAACGUAUCAAAUGUCUGCUCCAAAUCCAGAAAGGAACAGCUGAGAAAAAAUACAAUGGUCCUGUUGACUGUGCUAAGAAACUGUAUAGGGAAGGAGGCAUCCGGAGUAUUUAUAGAGGAACUGUUUUAACAUUGUGUCGAGAUAUCCCUGCAAGUGGAAUGUACUUCGCAAGCUACGAAGGAAUUAAGAAUGCAUUAACACCAGCCGGACAAGAUCCAACAAAAUUGAGCAUUGGUAGUGUGUUAUUCGCUGGUGGAAUGGCUGGUAUAUUUAACUGGUCUGUUGCCAUAUUUCCAGAUGUUUUAAAGUCAAGAUUCCAAACAGCACCACCUGGAAAAUAUAAUGGCAUCAAAGAUGUGUUUGUUGAUGUUCUAAAAACAGAUGGAAUAAGAGGAAUGUACAAAGGAUUUGUUCCCGUUAUGUUAAGAGCUUUUCCAGCCAACGCAUGUUGUUUCCUUGGAUAUGAAGCGGCAUUGAAAGCUUUAAAUUAUGUUGUACCUCCUUUAUGAUUACUAAAGGGACCAACAGAACUCCAGUUUAAAGAGUAAUUUCAAUUUAUGUGUACCAAAUACUAUUUAAUAUAAUUUUACGUAUCAAUGUUUGGUGUGACAUGUGACGUUUUUUUGUGUGUUAUUUUUGUCAGCAAAAGACAGAAGCUUUAUUGAAAACAGUUUAUUAUUAUUACUAUAUGCAAUUAAAAGAUGUGGAAAUGACGUUUCUGGCUACUGCAUGAAAUCAUUUAAUCUCUCUUGGCAGACCGACCUUAUUGUUGUGUUUACGCAAACAAAGAUCUAUUAAAUAUGCACAUACA